AUGGAAGAAAAGUUAAAUGAAAUGGAACAAGCUGGUAUCAUCACAAGGACAUCAACGCCUUACAGUAGUCCAUUGACAUUCACUCUUAAAAAAGGCGGCUCAAUUAGAGUACUGCUUGAUGCCAGAAGCAUAAAUAAGAAAAUGGUUGCAGAAACAGAGAAACCACCUAUACAAUUAGAUGUUUUGAAUUCAUUUCACGGAGCGAAUUAUAUCACUACCAUUGACUUAAAUAAUGCAUAUUUUCAAAUUCCGAUAAAUAAAGAUGGUAGAAAAUAUACUGGAUUCACAUUCAAUGGAAAGUCAUAUGUAUAA